CAUGAUCGAGUAAAAAGAAAACAAGAUGGGAAGUAAAACGUUGUUGAAAUUUGUGGCAUCAUAUGUGUCCAAAAGACAGUUUUCUUCAACAUCUACUGCAUUUAAAUUCAAUCAACCUCCAUCGGCAAAUGAUCUACAAAGACCGGCGGGGAUUGCCUCGUUCAUGAGGCUACCAGUUCAGGAGACAACAGAUGGCCUCGAUGCUUGCUUUUGGGGUCUUACUCUAGACUCAGGGGCGUCAAAUAAGGCUGGAACUCGUCAUGGGCCACGCCAAAUAAGAGCAGAAUCUGCACAAUUGAAAUUUUGCAAUGGAUUAGGUGCUGCCCCCUUUGAUAGUCUCCAGGUUGCAGAUGUUGGGGAUCUGCCCAUGUGUAUGUACAAUCUGCCCCAAGCUUGCCAGCAGAUAAAAGAGGGCACUGCAAAGCUAAUUGAGAAUGGAUGUAAGACACUCACUAUGGGCGGAGAUCACACAAUCACAUACCCGAUUUUACAAGCAUUUAAGGAGAAGUAUGGCCCUGUGGGGCUGAUUCAUAUAGAUGCCCAUACUGACACAGGAGAUACAAUGAUGGGUGCUAAAAUAGCACAUGGUACACCGUUCAGACGUGCUGUGGAGGAGAAAUUGAUCGAUCCCCAUAAAACUGUCCAGAUUGGACUCAGGGGGACGAGUUAUACUCCAGAUGAUAUGCAAUGGGGCAUCGAUCAGGGUUUUACUGUAUACCCCGCCACUGAAUGCUGGCACAAGAGUCUGGUACCCGUCAUGGAAGAUGUGCGUAAACUAAUGGGAGAUAUGCCAGUCUACGUGAGUUUUGACAUUGAUGCUCUCGACCCCUCUUUCUGCCCUGGAACAGGAACUCUGGAAAUUGGAGGGUUAACAAGCAUACAAGGAUUAGAAAUAGUUCGAGGCUGCAAAGGGUUAAACGUUGUAGGUGGAGAUGUAGUUGAGGUAUCCCCACCCUAUGACUUCCAGGGGCAGACAGCCUACACAGCAGCUAAUCUCUUAUUUGAAAUGCUCUGUAUUCUGCCUGGUGUACAGUACAAGAAGUAGAUAAAUCAUCACUGAACACCCCCCUGUGCUAUUACAUGGACUGAUCCAUUUAAGCAAUAUGGAAGAGUUUAAUAUGUGACAGAUGAUAUGAAAGGGGUGCAAGAGUGUUUAUGACAUUCUAAAGGACUGACUCCUCCCGUUACCUAUUAUAUACAUGUAUUGUAUAUCACAGGGAGAUAUGCUUCAGUACUAAAAUAGUACAAAAUUAGUUCUAAAUUAGCACUCUGGCAAAAGCGCGCUCAUGAGCACUCAUGCCACGAGUGCUAAUUUAGUUCUAAUUCAUGAUAUGAGUACUCAUUUAGUACUAAAACAUGCACUUAAUCUGUGCUCAUAGUAUGAGUGCUUAUUGAGUAAUCAAAAAAUGAAAUUA